AUGGAUCCCAUCGCAGUCCUAGAAAAGCGUAUCGAGGCCCUAGAAUUACAAGUUUUUCCAUUAGGAGACCAUUCUCAAAUUUCAAAUAAAACCCAAACUAUUACCGACUUAUUGUCGGAAACUCAAACAAUGAUCAAAUCAGCCCUACAUUGUCGGGAAUCGAUCACUUCAAUGUUGCAACAUUUAGUAAUCAUUAAUGAUUAUUUGAACCCUGCCGGCGAUGCUGACGAGUUAGAAGUGGAAGCAAAACGACAAUGUUUGCUUGAAUUGUAUCCUGAAUUGAAAGACACUGUACAAACCAUUAGUACUCUAGAGUCUCUGUUGCCCUUUAUUGAUUCUAUUAACAUCUCUAAAGUAGUCGAAUUUUCUGGAAAAUUGGAAGAAAUAGCUUUAAGUAACCUUAAACUUUAUGGAGAAUGUCGAGAUAUAACUAAAAAAGUACUGGUAGCUCUACAAAAUUAUAAUGAUAUAUCUAACUCUAUAAAAUUACUAUUUUCUCAGUUGGAUACUGCUAUAUCAAAUCUGGAGAAUGCUUUACAACUUAGAGUUGUUAGUGAGGAAUGA